AUGUCUAAAAAGCGAACCCUGGACGCCUUUUUCACGCCAUCCGUGAAGAAGUCGCGUCACGACGAGCCGGGCGAGGUCGUCCGGCGCUCCAACCAUGCCAGCUACCCCAUCGCCAUCUCGGAGCUGCCGUCCAGCAUCAGUAAAGAGCUCUCGUCGCUCCCGGCCCGUCCGGGGAGGGACGUCAAUGACCAGCCCGACCUAGACCUCGUCUACUUUGAGCCGUACGUCCCCUCGUACCUCGCCAAAGACCUGUUUGAGUUCCUGCGUGCCGAGCUGCCGUUCUACCGGGUCGAGUACGACAUUAAUAGGGGCGGCUACCAGACCCAUAUCCGGACGCCGAGGUACACCACAGUCUUCGGUCUGGACGAGACGGCCCGGUUCGACGAAGACGGCUCGGUCGUGGACGUCAGGUCCGGCUUCAAGGUGGACGACAGGCGGUACGAGCGGUACCCGCCCCGGCCGAUCCCCAAGUGUCUCGACGACCUUCGCCGCUCGACCGAGGCCGCGACGGACUGCCGGUUCAACUUCUGCCUCGUCAACUACUACGCCUCGGGCAACGACAGCAUCUCGUUCCACAGCGACGACGAGAAGUUCCUGGGCCCGGACCCGACCAUCGCUUCCUUCUCCCUCGGCGCGCGGAGGGAUUUCCUCAUGAAGCACAAGCCGAUUCCCCCGGAUGACCAGAACCCGCACGGGCCGCAGCCCAAGCAGCUCAAGUUGCCCCUAGCCAGCGGCGACAUGAUCCUCAUGCGCGGGCGCACGCAGUCCAACUGGUUGCAUUCGAUACCUAAGCGGACCGGGAAGAACGCGGAAGACGGCGGGCGUAUCAACAUCACGUUCAGGAAGGCCAUGGUGAAGGACGGAACUGAAAAUUACUACAACUACAACGUCGGGACCGGGCCUGUCUAUCGGUGGGACAAAACGAUGCGGGAAAUGCGGGUAUCUUCCGCCAAAGACCAGCUCGAGGGAAAACCAUGA